AUGGACUUGGCAGAAGUUCUCUUGGUGCUGUUCAUCGCUGUGGUGCUGAUCGUCUCUCUCUUGUCGAACUUGUUGGUGCUGAUAUGCUUCAUCUACAGCUCCGACAUCCGCAAGCAAGUCCCAGGCAUCUUCAUAGUUAACUUGUCUUUCUGCAAUCUGCUCAUUACAGUUCUGAACAUGCCUUCGACUUUGCUGGGGAUCGUCAAAAGGCAGCAGCCGUUUGGUGACUGCAUUUGCCAAACAGUGGGCUUUUUGGAAACAUUUCUGAACACCAACACCAUGCUGAGCAUGGCAGCGCUGAGCAUAGACAAGUGGAUCGCUGUGGUGUUCCCCUUAAGCUAUGCCAGUAAGAUGAGAUAUAAGGACGCUCUGCUUAUGAUGGGCUACACUUGGAUCCAUUCUCUCACUUUCCCCAUCGCCUCAGUCUUCUUCACCUGGGUCGGUUACAAUAAUGUUUACUCAACCUGCACUUUGCAUCUCAAAGAAGAGAUGGAGAGGAGACGGUUUACAGUGUUCACCAUCGUCUUUCACGCCACCAGCUUCAUGCUUUCUCUUGUAGUAUUGUGUUUUACGUAUUUGAAGGUGUUGAAAGUUGCACGCUUUCAUUGCAGAAGAAUAGACAUUAUCACCAUGCAGACUCUCGUUUUACUAGUGGAUAUCCAUCCCAGUGUAAAACAGCGUUGCCUUGCAGAGCAAAAAACUAGAAGACAGCGUGCAACAAAGAAAAUCAGCAUUUUUAUAGGGUCAUUUAUAAUCUGCUUUGCUCCUUACGUUAUAACCAGGUUGAUAGAGCUCCUUCCUUUCGUGGCGAUAAACUACUACUGGGGAGUGCUGAGUAAGUGCCUAACCUACAGCAAAGCCGCUUCUGACCCUUUCGUCUAUUCACUGCUGCGGCAACAGUACAAGAAAGUCCUGGUCAACAUUGUCAACAGGAUGUUGAAAAAGGAUUUAUACCCUUCUUCUGGACACAACAGCUCAUUGGAUACUGAAAACGAUUACUGUCUACAGAGAGCCACCUGAGGACACCUUUCCCCAGACUGGGAUUUCUGUCAAUGAACCCAAACUGAGACCACAUGACUGACUACGUGCACUUUUGAUCAGUGUUAAGGGAUGGGGGUGGGAGAAAUAUGAGAGCCAAAGGCAAACAUCUUUUUAUUCUAUAUCAAAUAUUUUAAAAAGAAAGAAUGUAUUAUUAUUGUCAGAGUUUAGUCUUCAGUACAUAUUUGUAUUCUCGCAGUUUUUUGUGCAAAUUGUUAUGAUUAUUGAGCUGAAGAGUCUUUGUAUAUUGGGAGAGUUUUUUUUUGUGUUGGCGUCAUCUGCACUGUUAUCACUGAAACCCUGUGAAAGGCUUUGUAUAGACUACAGAGGCAAUACCCCUCUUGAGAGGAGGGAUGUAACUCGUUCGUGGUUUAGAGUAUAAUAGAUCCUGUGGCAAAAAAAAAGUUUAAACUGUUUGUGAUUCUGUAAUAAAGAAAUGUCAAAAACGCGAGUCGGAAUGUUUGAGCUUUUAAUGGUGUUCCCCAUCCUGUAUUACGCUAAAACAAAAUCGUUGGGUUAGACUACAGUUUAGGGAAGAAAGCAAAAAAAAAAUAACGUUGUGAGAUUAAUACUGUUUUUUCGUGGUUACAUUUCGUGUGUGAUCUUCGCUAUGGAGAGCGAUGCAACAAUAAAAGUUUAAUGAGAUGA